AUGGACGAGUCUAUAGAAUCCGACUUUGCGGCCGUCGCCCCUCCUGUCCGUGCCUCGUCGCCCUCCCCAUCCAUCCCGCCAACGCCCGCCAUCUCCUCCUGUCCGUCCCCGGACCGGACGUUUUCCACCGUUUCUUCCCUGUCGACCUCCUCCGCUACCUCGGCCGAUGCACGAUCGUCCGUAUCCGUAUCGUCCAAGAGACGGGGAUACAUCCGUCCCCAGGGGGCCGAGUUUGCGGAGUCGGCCAAAAACCGGGAAAGUGUCAUGAGCCUUGGCAGUAUCGCCCAUCUGCAGUACUACUUCGCCCGCACUGGACUGCUGGACGGUAAAGGCGGUCACGCCCGCGAAUGGAAGAAAAAGAAGAAACCGGAGGACGUCCCCCGACUGCUACUGACGCCCAAUGCGCGGUUCAUCGACGAUGACCUGACCAUUAGUCCCACGGAAGAUAGCUUCGACCCUGCGGACGAGGAGGGCGCCAUAGACGACGGCGAGGUCAUGCUGCCUCCCACCGUGAGCACCUACAGUAUCAAGACGCACCACAUCCCGCCGCCCCCGGACCUGAUGGCCCUGCGGAAGGACCUCUUGGACGCCCUCGGCAGAGCGGAGAAGAGUAUCGAGAGAAUUGGAUCGCUGUCUGCGCCCCCGCCAGACAUCCCGCGGAUCAGCCUCUCCUCCGAAGAUGUUGCCGACGGCGAUGAGGAUGCUGAGGUCCAACGGAAGCUCUCAGAGGCCACGCCGCAGGGCUGGCAUGAGGUCCAAGGCAUGCGCAUUCUGGAUGUGGUUACGCUGGCGAUCCGGGCGGCGAAGAUCUACUACACGGCACACGAGCGUCCGGAGCGACUGGCGACAAUCAAGAGCGAACGCGAGAUCCGGGAGGAACUGUUCAACACGCUGGAAGUCCUGAAACGGUGGGCAUCUCGAGACUUUGUAGGCGGACUGCGCGAUGAGGAGCGACUGUCGAUCCUUGGGUGGAUGGCCAACGUUCGCGACAUGCUGCGGGAGGAGAAACGUCUGGAGAUGUUGGAGGCGAAGGAGCGGGAGGGAUGGUCGUGGAUGGAAGGGGACUGGUCCGGCCGGGAACGGGAACGGGAAGAAGCGUUCCUGCGGAGUUUGAUCACAGGCGACGCACCCCUGCCGAAGUGGUCGUCCCCAAACGAGGGGCCGCUACCGACUCCCUUGUUGGAGCGCCUACGCGAUGGCCGUGAUUUGGUCCGGGUGCACAAUCAAGCGGUGAAGAAGUCGAAGCGCCCGUUCUACGAGAUCAAGUCGUACCAUCAGGACGUGGGGAAACCGUACCGGUGUGCCGAGAACCUUCGUUUCUGGCUGAAGGCAGCUGAGCUCCGGUGGGAAACGAAGCUGGAGAUGGACGUCAUGGCGGUGGUGCACGGACAGAGUGAUGAGGCUUGGAGGCAGUUCGACGCCACCCUCCUUGCGUGGUGCAAGGCGGUCCGCGAGGAGCUGACGCAGGACUGGGGCAGGUCUGCAGGGCCUGACAGGAAGCUAUCGGCCGCGGAGUGA